UAAACAAACAAAACAUCUGCGAAGAUAAAACUUGCGGCAACUUGCCAAAAAUUGUUUCUCCACGUUCCAAGUUAUUGUGCACUUCGGUGGUAUGCGGAAUUACUAAGCAGGAAAUCAUUUCAGAAAUUGCCAGAGAAGCUCUGUUACUUGUUGAUUAACGCUGCGUGGGUGAUAGUACAGUUAUGAAUCCAGUAAAUGUUGCAGCCCUUGUUGAUCUACUCCACCCAGAGAAACAUGAUUCUGACAGUGAAGAUGACAUGCCCUCAAAUACUAUGGCGAAGAUGACGCCAGCUGAUAUUAUCCCUAAAAAGACAGAAAUAGAGGAAAAGAAAUCAGCAGCAGGACCCAAGAUAGCCAGUAAAGACAUAUGGGAUGAAGAGGAGGUGCCGGAAGGGUCCGAGUUUGAAUCUGUGUAUGACCCUCGACCUCAGCCUGACUUUGAUAUUGUCUACAAACAAGCUGUCACCUCCGAAGACAUGUUUCUGGGGAUGGGAAACAAGACCCCAUCCUCCGCUAGCUGUGAAGACAUGGUGGUAAAGAUAAAGCUUCCUGACUGUAAAAUGGCAGAUGUCCAACUGGAUGUCAAGGCCAAGUUUCUAGACUGCCGCACACCGAAAUACAAGCUGGGUCUGCACCUGCCACACCCUGUGGACCACAAGAAUGGCAAGGCACAGUGGGAAAGUUCAUCAGAGACUCUAGUCGUCACAUUACACAUGAUGAGAGAAUAUGACUUCAUGAACUUCUGAGGACCAGACCAGAUGGAACCGAUGUGCAAUACUGGAUGCUGACACAGAUAAACUCUCCUGUCAUGACUCACAAUAUGUGUCUGUGCAACAGGUGCUUGUACAACAUAUUGAUGCAUCAAAUAUUCAGACAUUGACAUGACCUGGCUCUCGUCUCAAACAGGUCAUGCUGUUUCUGGGAUCAAGUAUCAGCUCUCCUCUUAAACAUUUCUGAAAUUUGAAUUUGAAUAUUAAUAUCAUGUUAUUUUUAGAUAAUGUAUUAGAUCCAAAUUAGUAAAUAGUAUUCAGAGGGGGAUCCAGAAUUUUGAAAAAGGGGGGAUGCACCUUAUACCUUAGUCACAAAGUGACUUGACCGAGGUUGCAGUUAACAUGUAAGGUGUAUGAGAGAAAGGGGAUGCACACCCCUGUAUCCCCCUCUGAAUCCGCCAGUGGUAUUCUAGACUGUGCCUAGUGAGUGGACACUGAAUGCAUGUACAAGUUCAAGAUGAUGACUGAUACUUAAGAAGUUCAUUCUGUCCGUCAUAUCUAGCCAUGUAACAACAAAAGCAGGUGGCCAUCCUUUCAUGCAGAAUGAGAAAUGACAACACAUAUGUCCAUGCUUUCAUACAAACAAGAAUUAACAUCACAUCAUCCGGAAUAAAUAUACACAUGUCCGUCCUAUCAUCCACAAUGAAUGUGAACAAGUGUCCGUCCUAGCAUGCAAACAAAAAGUAACAUGUGACCCUCAUUUGCAUAAUGAUUAGAAAGUGUCCUCAUUCGAACAGGAUAUGACUGCCAAUCACAACAACUCUCACAGGGGAUCAGGUAGCCGAGUUGUCUCUGACGCUUUAAGUUGCAGUGCAGAGUUGCAUCUUUUGGGCACACCAGAAACCUAUGAUCAUGGGUUCAAAUCCCGAUUUGUCCCAGUUAUGUUGUUGGUUUGUCAACACCUACCUGUGGUCGUUGGUUUCACCAAAGCGGUAAACGUCAGAGACCUGCAUCACUUCAGGCUUUCCUCUCAAAUCAAGCUGACAUGCCAUGAUAUAACUUGAAUACUGUUCAAAGCGGCGUUAAACCAAGCUCACUCAAUCAUAACCCUCUGUGUAAUCCUAACUAUACAAAUGAGGAAUCAAUAAACCUUUCAUGAACCAG